GGCGGUCCGCGCCAAGGGUGCUGAAAACCCUGCGCGCGAACGACGGUCUCCGGGCGCGCGCUCGAGGCAGCCCGACGCUCCCCUAGUUCGCGAGCCUGGCGUGCGCUGCCCCGCGGCCCGGAGCGCGCGCCUCUCCGACUCCAGCUUCCCCGGCCAGGCUUACUAUGGCUCCCGACCCGGUGCCGACCCCUGUCCCGGCUUCCGCCCAGCUCCGCCAAACGCGCUACUUUACUUGGGAGGAGGUGGCGCAGCGCUCCGGGCGGGAGAAGGAGCGAUGGCUCGUGAUCGACCGGAAGGUGUACAACAUCAGCGACUUCAGCCGCCGCCACCCGGGGGGCUCCCGGGUCAUCAGCCACUACGCGGGUCAGGAUGCCACGGAUCCUUUUGUGGCAUUCCACAUCAACAAGGGCCUUGUGCGAAAGUAUAUGAACUCUCUUCUGAUUGGAGAGCUGGCUCCGGAGCAACCCAGCUUUGAACCCACCAAGAAUAAAGCGCUAACUGAUGAAUUCCGGGAGCUGCGGGCCACAGUGGAGCGAAUGGGCCUCAUGAAGGCCAACCACCUCUUCUUCCUGGUCUACCUGCUACAUAUCCUGCUGCUGGAUGUGGCUGCCUGGCUCACUCUUUGGAUCUUUGGAACGUCCCUGGUGCCCUUCAUCCUCUGUGCAGUCCUGCUCAGUACAGUUCAGGCCCAGGCAGGUUGGCUACAGCAUGACUUUGGGCACCUGUCAGUCUUUGGCACCUCAACAUGGAAUCACCUGCUACAUCAUUUUGUGAUUGGCCACCUGAAGGGGGCCCCCGCCAGCUGGUGGAACCACAUGCAUUUCCAGCACCAUGCCAAGCCUAACUGCUUCCGCAAGGACCCCGAUAUCAACAUGCACCCCCUCUUCUUCGCCCUGGGGAAGGUCCUUUCUGUGGAGCUUGGAAGAGAAAAGAAGAAGCACAUGCCUUACAACCAUCAGCACAAGUACUUCUUCCUCAUCGGACCCCCAGCCUUGCUGCCUCUCUACUUCCAGUGGUAUAUUUUCUAUUUUGUGGUUCAGCGGAAGAAAUGGGUGGACCUGGCCUGGAUGCUCAGCUUCUAUGCCCGCGUCUUCUUCACUUACAUGCCCCUCCUGGGGUUCAAAGGCUUCCUGGGCCUUUUCUUCAUUGUCAGGUUCCUGGAAAGCAACUGGUUUGUGUGGGUGACACAGAUGAACCAUAUCCCCAUGCACAUCGAUCACGACCGGAAUGUGGACUGGGUCUCCACCCAGCUGCAGGCAACCUGCAACGUUCACCAAUCAGCCUUCAACAACUGGUUCAGUGGCCACCUCAAUUUCCAGAUUGAACACCACCUCUUCCCCACCAUGCCACGGCACAACUACCACAAGGUGGCACCCCUAGUGCAAUCCCUGUGCGCCAAGUAUGGCAUCAAGUAUGAGUCCAAGCCCCUGCUCACAGCCUUCGCGGACAUUGUUUACUCCCUGAAGGAGUCAGGGCAGCUCUGGUUGGAGGCUUACCUUCACCAAUAGCAGCAGCAGACCUCCAUCUGGAGAAGGAAGAGGACCUGGAGCCAAAGCGGGAGCUGGAGGGACAAUGCCACUAUAAGUCUAAUGUUUAAAAGGUUAGGGAACAUAGAUAUUCGUACUCACAUCUGCGGACCCCCCCCCCCACUUGCCUUCUGGGUACCAAACUUGAAGGAGGGGAGAGCUGUUGGGGCAGGAAUUCAAAGCUGUUGUUUCUUCUACUUUGGCAGGGGCCAAUGGUGACACCUACAAAGCUCUGUAUGAAGUAGGGACCCCACACUAGAUAACCCCUCUUGUAAAGUAUAAGCCCAUCUAACUGGGCUAUCUGGCUCUCCACCCUCCUUGUUAGUCUCUGAGGAACAGUAGGACUCCUUCGAACAUGAUUUAGAAAGAGGGCAUUCAUGCAGAGAAUUCUGAGGCCUGGCACAACUCCCUGCCCAGGAGCGCAGCUUGCUGCUGAGAGCUGGGUGUGACCGUGUCUGCCUCUGGCUCCUGGGAGAAGCUGUUUUUCAGUUUCAGAAGCAGGCAGGACAAAGGCCAGAUCUGUGGUUUGGGAGGCAUUUGGCCCUGGAAGAUCCUGGCACACGCAAUUCUUGAGUCUCAUUCCAUCCAGGUUCCAGAGAGAAUAUUAGAUCUUAACUCUUGACAAAAUGGACGGCAGAUACUGGCCUUUGAAACUCUGUUGAUUCAUCUCUUCUAAUCAGUCCCCAAGGAGAACAUAAACAAAGACUUUCCUCCUACUGAACAAGACUCCCAUCGUUUCCUUUUGCUCCCCAGCCUGUAAUUCUAAGUUCAACAAAACAGUCAUCAACAAAAGUGAUUGAGGCUUCCACCAGAGUGCCAGGGCUCUGUGCAGACCCAGAAUCCCUGUUCCCUAUGUCACGUUCCAGCAUUGUAUAGCACAGUUCCAUGUCACAAACAGGAAGGUUAGAAACACUGAGGUCUGUGAACAUCACUGCUGCAGCGAGGCAGCUCCUCUGUCUACUCGUUCAAGUGUCUUACUCUACUGGAUGCCAGAUAGAAAUUUAGGGUAACUUCUGACAACGCGUGUCAGUCUAACAAUAAAAUAGAGUUUUAUAAUCUGGUUGGUAAAAGAUAUGUGCCGGAGAACAUAGGAACAUGCCCGGAGAGACCUAACCUGUAUGUCCACUUUCAUCCUCUUGUUCCCCAUACCCAUGGGCAUUAUUUCGUUGUCUGCUCAAGAGAUUCUACUGGAAGCAUGCUGAUCACCUGUCUGGGAAGAGAAAACCUCAAGAAGGCAAAGCACAGCACGUGUUUGUGGAGAAAUGGCAGAUGGUCAAGAUGAGAGUGUUAAGGGAUGUUGGAGUAUGGUGUAGAGACAGGCAGGUUGUAGAAAAGCACAGAUCUUUCCCAGUGGUUGGCCCUGCUUGAAAACCUGUUUGAAACAGGCUGCGUAGGAAAAAAAAAAAUUAAGAUUAAAGAGUGCUACCUUUAUUAACUCCUUCUCUCCAGAAUAGGUGCAGAUCCCUCCCCGUGCCCAUUCCCUGCCACCUGGGGUAUGGAGGUGGCACUGCCAGUCUGUCUAACCCACUGAUUUUGAGCCUUCAGCUGCCAGUCUGGGCAAAUACCAGUGAGCUCUGUUGUACCAAGACCAGGUCUUCAGAGCAUCUGAACCACUGUGGCCUUCUCUCCUCAGCCUUCACUGUGGCUUUUGCAUAGCCACAGGGGACAUCGAGUGACAAGCCUCAGAAUGUUACACAGGUAAAGUGAGGCAUCUCAAAUCCACUGACAGAUAAGAAAACAGGGUUAGAGGGAAAGUCACCUCUGCUCAUGUAGAUAGUGGCAGAAUAUCCGAACUUAACUCUAGCUUCCAAGUCUGUCUUUAUUACCUUCAUCUUCCUACUUCCUGUCCACCGGCAUUUCACUUAAUUGAGUCUAAUGUCAGUAUCUGUGUGUGCCAACAUUGUUACCACAUCCUGAUGAAGCUAAAAAAUAAAAUUUAAUUUGGACCGAAA